AUUGCUGCCAAAGAAAACUAAAAUGGAUUAAAGUAUAUAAGAGGACAAACAAAAACAGACCUGUCAUCAAAUUACAUCAAAUGAUCAAAUUGUUCUUUUUCUUUGGUCUGGUAGAUACUAGAUAGUUGAUGCACCAAAUUAACUAUUCUGCUUCCUCCAAUUCGAAUUGAGCUGCUCUGGCAUCAUUAGUCCAGGAGCUAAUAAGAGAAGAACAUCCUGUGCUAGUAAUUUGCAGUAUUCAUCAUGGCCACUAUGCUUGUCCAACCACCAAUCCCGGCUUUCCAUGCUAACAUUCCUCCAAUGCUCAGAACCACAAACAUGGUGAUAACUCCCACUUCACCCUCAACCACUCAUCAAAAGACUCAAAGCUUAAGAUUUGGUGAGUGCCCACCUGGGUUUAGGCCCAUUUACAGAGUCAAAGUUGCAGAACAAACCUCUGGCCUAGUUGGGGAUGAGACACCCACCCAGAUAAAAACUGAGCUUCACCAGGCACUCCAAGGUAUUAAUAGAGGGAUAUUUGGAGUCCCAUCUGCAAAGAAAUCUGAGAUUGAAGGUCUGGUUAAGCAGCUGGAGUCUAAGAAUCCAACUCCAGAUCCUACUGUGAAUUUAGAAAAGGUGGGUGGCUGCUGGAAACUUGUGUAUAGCACAAUAACAAUUUUAGGCUCAAGAAGAACAAAGCUAGGAUUGAGGGACUUCAUCUCAUUGGGAGAUUUCUACCAGAAUAUUGAUAUUGCUAAGGGCAAAGCAGUCAAUGUGAUCAAGUUCGAUGUGAGAGGAUUGAAUCUCUUUAAUGGACGGCUAACAAUUGUGGCCUCCUUCAAAAAAGCAUCCAAAUCAAGAGUUGACAUCAGCUAUGAAAACUCUACAAUCACUCCAGUUCAGUUGAUGAACGUGUUUCGGAAAAAUUAUGAUAUUCUGCUUGGAAUCUUCAAUCCAGAUGGUUGGCUCGAGAUCACAUACGUUGAUGAUACCUUGAGGAUAGGAAGGGAUGACAAAGGCAAUAUCUUCAUAUUAGAGAGAGCAGAAGAAAAUUUGAUUUAAGCCACAAGGUUCAGUUCAUUGUUAUACACUUCAAGGCGGAUUUUCAUCAUUAUUGGAGAUUUGUAGGCUACAUUCAUUGCUGCAGUAGACAAUGUUUCUAUUUAUAAAUGAGAUAUAGUUAUUUCAACAGGCAUCUUUUGUUGAGAAAUAAGGAAGGUGAUCAAAGUAAGCAAGCAAUAUGUGCUUUUAUGAGGAAUCACUUGGUUUCAUAUCUAUGAAAAAUCAUGCUCUUAAGUGUAAAUAUACUAGCAGCCCUUCUAGAAGAAAGUAGAAGAUGGAAAACAAAGCAUAUCAACUGCAUGCUAGCCUCUAUUGUUAUUAUACAGUCUUCAAAGCCACACGCAAAUUGCUGGUGUUUGCACCAGAUAUGUUGCAGGCUAUAUCUGCACUA